CGGGCUGCAGGACCCCAGCCGGCAGGGCGGGCUGCAGGGGUGGCCGAAAGCGCACUGAUCUGGGCGCCGGAAAGCCUGGGUUUGGCAAUGGCUUUGCUGUGUGGCCUUGGGAGCGGCGGCAUGGAGGCUCUCACCACUCAGCUGGGGCCGGGGCGCGAGGGCAGCUCCUCGCCCAACUCCAAGCAAGAGCUGCAGCCCUACUCGGGCUCCAGCGCUCUCAAACCCAACCAGGUGGGCGAGACGUCGCUGUACGGGGUGCCUAUCGUGUCGCUGGUCAUCGACGGCCAGGAGCGCCUGUGCCUGGCGCAGAUCUCCAAUACCCUCCUCAAGAACUACAGCUACAAUGAGAUCCACAACCGCCGCGUGGCCCUGGGUAUCACGUGCGUGCAGUGCACGCCGGUGCAGCUGGAGAUUCUGCGACGGGCCGGGGCCAUGCCCAUCUCGUCGCGCCGCUGCGGCAUGAUCACCAAGCGUGAGGCCGAACGCCUGUGCAAGUCGUUCCUGGGCGAGCACAAGCCACCCAAGCUGCCGGAGAACUUCGCCUUCGAUGUGGUGCACGAGUGCGCUUGGGGUUCGCGUGGCAGCUUUAUCCCCGCGCGCUACAACAGCUCGCGUGCCAAGUGCAUCAAGUGCGGCUACUGUAGCAUGUACUUCUCGCCUAACAAGUUCAUCUUCCACUCGCAUCGCACACCUGACGCCAAGUAUACGCAACCCGACGCCGCCAACUUCAACUCGUGGCGCCGUCACCUCAAACUCAGUGACAAGUCGGCUACAGAUGAACUGAGCCACGCCUGGGAGGACGUCAAGGCCAUGUUCAAUGGCGGCACGCGCAAACGGACCUUCUCUCUGCAAGGAGGCGGCGGAGGCGGUGCUAAUGGCGGAUCGGGUGGGCAGGGGAAGGGUGGUGCUGGCGGCGGCGGCGGCCCGGGGUGCGGUGCUGAGAUGGCCCCAGGUCCACCGCCCCACAAAAGCUUGCGCUGUGGCGAAGAUGAGCCUGCUGGGCCUCCCGGACCACCUCCUCCCCUCCCGCAACGCGGACUUGGCCUGGCGGCGGGAGCUAGUGGCCCGGCGGGCCCGGGAGGGCCUGGUGGCGGCGCUGGCGUACGCAGCUACCCGGUGAUCCCAGUGCCCAGCAAAGGCUUUGGCCUCUUGCAAAAGCUGCCCCCGCCGCUUUUCCCGCAUCCUUACGGUUUCCCCACGGCCUUCGGUCUAUGCCCCAAAAAGGACGACCCGGUGUUAGGUGCAGGCGAGCCCAAGGGCGGCCCUGGCACUGGGAGCGGCGGCGGCGCGGGCACUGGCGGGGUCGCGGGUGGGCCGGGA